CCCGUUCUUCCCGUUCUUCCCGUUCUUCCCAGCCAUUCCUGCCCGCCUCCCGACGAGCAUGGACCGGGAGGAUUCGGUGCUGCGCAUCCGGGGAGCCCCUUUCCGCGUGUCCUUGCAGCGGGGGGACUGCCUAAGGGGCACCCAGCUCAGCCCGCCCGCCGCCGGUCUGAGCUUCUGCCUGCCGCUGGCCGAGAUCGUGAGCGUGAAGCCGGGGAAGGGCAGGGUGCCCGCGGAGGAGCCGAAGGAUGCCCAGGAUGGGAGUCAGUUCACAGUGUUCUACGUGAAGAGGGAAAGGCGGCAGCGCUGGCGGCUGGACUCUCUGCUGUGUGAGGCCCAGGAUCCUGCCCGGUGUCGGGAGUGGAUGGGCAGGCUGCAGAGGGCCCUGGACCGACACGGGACCACCCGUCCCAGGAGCCUGCUGGUGUUUGUGAACCCGUUUGGGGGUCGGCGGCAGGCCGGGCACAUCUACCGCUCCAAGGUGGCAGCGCUGUUCCACCUGGCGGGGAUCGUCACUCGGGUCAUUGAGACCAGCAGCGCCUUUGAGGCCCGUGACCACAUCCUGCAGCAGGACCUGCAGGGAGUUGAUGGGCUGGUGUGUGUGGGCGGGGAUGGCAUGUUCAACGAAGUCCUGCACGGGCUGAUCAGCCGUACCCAGCGCGAGGCCGGGGUGAGCGAGCACAGCCCUGAGGCCAGCCUGGUACCCCCCUCGCUCCGCAUUGGCAUCAUCCCGGCAGGGUCUACAGACUGUGUCUGCUACAGCACGGUGGGGACCAACGACCCUGUCACUUCUGCCCUUCAUAUCAUCAUAGGAGACAGCCAGCCCUUGGACGUCUGCAGUGUCCACCAGCACGACCGCCUGGUCAAGUUCUCGGUGUCCCUCCUUGGCUACGGUUUCUAUGGUGACGUGUUGGCGGACAGCGCCGGGCGCCGCUGGAUGGGCCCCCUGCGCUACGACUAUUCAGGCUUCAAGAUGGUCCUGGGUAACCGCAGUUACCAGGGCACGGUGGAGUUCCAGAAAGCGGAGGGCACCCUCUCCCACCCCAGAGACAGCACCCGCUGCCGAGCAGGCUGCCUCGUCUGCGCAGGCUCCACAAAGCACCCGAAGAGAAAGGACGACGAGGCCAACAGGGAUUCCCUACCGGACCCCGACUCCCCUACUGAGGGCCGGUGGCAGAGUGUGGAGGGCAGCUUUGUGGCCGUGAACCUGACCUGCAUCUGCAGCGCCUGCCCCAAGAGCCCCGAGGGCCUGUCUCCUUGUGCCCACCUGGCAGACGGCACGGCUGACCUGGUGCUGGUGCGUCGCUGCUCCACGGUGGACUUCUUGCGCCACCUUUGCCGCCACACUAACCGGAGAGAUCAGUUUGACCUGCCCUUCGUCAGCGUGCACCGGGUCACGGCCCUGAGGUUCACGCCCAAGGUGGCUGAGGACUGGACCGAGGACCAGCCCAUCCUAGAACCCAAGAGCUUCUUCAGCGGCCUGUGCCCGGGAGAGCCCCUCUGGAGCUCUUGGAGCUGUGAUGGCGAGAGCCUGCCCCACGCACCCCUCAAAGCCAAGGUGCAUCACCAGCUGAUCCGCCUAUUUGCCCGGGGCAUUGAGAGUGAGAAGUCCACGCCCCUGUUCAGCCGCGGGUAGCUGGCUCCUUCCCAGGCUUGCUGAGGGCGAGAAGAGGGAGGAGGAGGAGGAGGAACCCCCAUUCGUCUCUGGCCCGGAGUGAGAAAUGGACGCAGCCCGGUCUCCUUUAGCCCUCAUCCCCGGCCGGACAGAGGGAGGGGGACGUAGCUUUGACCUGUCCACCUGCUCAGAACGAGGCACCUAGAGCCCCAGUAGGAGGAGAGGCAGGGGCAGCUUUCUGGCCUCCCCCCGUUGCCGUUCCUACUCCCUGCCCUUGCAGGAAGACCACCCGGCUUCGUGGACGUGGGCACCUAGACAAUUGCUCAACCCAUAGAGGUUCUCCCUGCUUGACUGGGAGAGGAGGCAGGGCUGGUCAGUCUCUCCUGCCUUAAGGAGGAGUAGGGGCCAUCUUUUUUCUUUAUGGUAUUCGUUUAAGCGCUUACUAUGUGCCAGGCACUGUACAAAGUGCCGCGGUAGAUAGAUGAUA